AUGAUACAACGCUGGUCGGUGCUCUCUGCCGAAGGCGCGUAUGGCGUCACCCGGCUCGGCGUGCCGCUUCGAAUCGUCGUCGGUGCUCCCUCGUCUGUGCUCUAUCUCGACUCGACGCGACCAGCGCAAAGCUGCAGCCCAGAGAAGAACACUGGGCCGCAUCACGUGUGCACAUCCUUCUCUGUUCCGAAAGAGAACUGCAACGGGUACGAUGAGUACGGCCACGGGUUGGGAAACAUACAAGGAAGUUGGGCAAGCGAGUGGCAAAGCGCUCUGCUCGACCGCUUUGCGACCAAGAACAUUCGCUAUUUCGGCGAACUCGACACACGGCUGCAAAACUUUGUAAGCUAUCUGCAGCAGGUGUUUGGGCCCGGCAAGCCUCAGCAUCUUUCCCUGAUCCCUGAGACGGUGCAUGUCGGAGGCGAAUUGCCCAUGAUGCAGAUGGAGCUCCCGGAGUGGGGUUGCGUGGAGUAA